ACCGGGCCCAUCCGUUGUUCUCCAUCGACGAGAACAGGAAAAGGAACAGCGUGUAGGGCUCCCGCUAUCGUCUCAAAGUCCUCCCAUCAGAUGAAGAAUCUGAAGGUUUGACUCUCAAAACAAGCCGGCUAAUGUGAUGGUAUGCUUCUCUGCGUCAACUGUCUUUACUUAAACCAUCGAGAGAGGACCAUGACCUGCAUAUUGAAACCCAUCAGCUUUGGGUACCUCCACAAUUAACAACUUGGUCACGAUCCAAUCGCAUCAACUCAGCGGCAUACAACACAAGUGUGUCGGCCUCAUGUGCGAGGCGGAACCUUGUACUUGUGCGACGAGUUUAAUUCAACAAAUUGUUAUGGUAUUUCUGCAGCCACUGCCGCUGCGUGUUGGGAUAUCCGGACGCACGACGCAUCAGAACUGUGCCAGGUUAUAAGUGUAUGGAUAGGUCCUUGCUCUAUACACUACCUUUUCACCGCCGGACGAAGUGCUUGUUAUUGCAGCCGUGUGUUUAAUACUGUUAAAACACGUGAACUAAACAUCCUUUUUUGAAACUUAUUGACUGUAUACUGAGUAUACAUGUACAUGUACUUGGUUUUCAACAACGAAUAACAUUGUGAGAAACUCAGUAGUAUUUCUUGAUCUUCAUCGGAAGUAUUUCUGGAUCUUCAGUAAAAGUAUUUCUGGGUCAUCAGUAGAAGUAUUUCUGGAUCUUUAGUAGAAGUAUUUCUGGAUCUUCAGUAGAAGUAUUUCUGGAUCUUCAGUAGAAGUAUUUCUGGAGCUUCAGUAUUUCUUCAUCUCCAGUACAGUUAUACAUCUCAAAAUGGUGGUUGACACGAGUCAUUUGAACUGCUCCGAUCUUGACCAACUCAACCUCACUGAUGUUGCCAGGGCAUCCACGUAUCUCAUCAGCCCUGGGGCUCGAACGCUGGCCCUGGCUGUCCAGCUCACUGCCUUUGCAAUUGGUGUACCGGGUAACUUAUCUUUCUUGGUGUCCGUGGCAAGGGUGCCAUACAUGAGAACCAUUACCAACUACUUCUUGGUCAGUUUAUCCAUUGCUGAUUUGACUUUCCUGUUGUUCACCGUCACAUCGUAUCUCUUGUACCUCACUGCACCAGUGCGUAGUCACAUCCACUCACUGGUGAACCUGAGCUGUCCUGUUUCAUUCUCCAUACCGUUUCUAACCUAUUUCGCCUCCGUUGGAACCAUAUGGCUGGUUUCUGCAGAGCGGUACUCUGCCAUUUGCCGGCCCCUCAAGCACAUAGCAGCGCACACCAAGAAAAGAGCUGUCAAACUAAUCCUAGCGACAUGGGCGGUGAGCUGCGGCCUGAGCGCCCUUGCCGUGUUGCAGUACGUCUCGCCGGACAAGUUCUGCGUGACAUGGCCGGACAGCGACGACGAUAAAUUCUCCGGCCUACCAGAUAUCAUCGGCUUCUGCCUCCCGCUAGCUCCAUGGGCUAUCGUGGUGGGGAACCUGACCGCUUCAUUGCCGUUUCUUGUUGCACUCAUAUCCAAUAUGAUUAUGUACAUCCAGAUCAUACGGACACUUAGUACACGUCCCGUUACCACACCGAAUUCCUCCCCCGAGGAUGGAAAGCAAGGGAUGUCUGCUAAGGCCCGGGUGGUUCGCAACCAGGUCGCCCGCAUGCUCAUCAUCAACGGAUCAGUGUUUUUCUUCUGCCAGCUCCCAUAUGCUGUUAUCAAUCUUAUCUACGUUGGCAGCUAUGUUCGAGGUUUGACGUUUCUGCAGAUCAACGAACUGCAGAAUAGUUUGCGCAUUUUCAGUCACAGUCUCCUGUUUAUCAAUUCGGCGAUCAAUCCCAUCAUUUACUACGCGAUAUGUCCGUCUUACCGCCGAGCAGUCCGUAUUGCUCUCACUAGCAACACACACAGUACAGAGGUGUCUUAAACUAUGCAAACACUUCAAAACACUUCAAAUCAUUUUCAAGUGAGUUCAACCACUGACUUGUGUCCUUCCACCAUUGACCAGAGACCAUCCAACUGCAUUUGUCUAUAUGGUCGAACUGUGCAAAGAAUUUCCUAAACUGUAUACGUCUAUUCAGCACUCUCAUCUCUAUUAUUGUAGGCUUGUUAAAGACACUGGACACUAUUGGUAUUUGUCAAGACCAGUCU